AGUUCAACCGCGUGCAUCGGCCUCCAUUGAGUUCAAGUUUUAUUGUUCAAUCGAGUGUUUCUCCCACCCAUCUACUGUGAGCAGUCAUGGGGAACGGGAGAGGACGCGGAAGAGGUGGAAGGGGUGGAAGAGGCGGUUAUAUCCCCACAGGUAGUCAUAUCCCUAGAGGCAACCGGGUUGGCUAUUGGGGCGGCGGAUAUCAAGGUAGUGGGUCCAACGAAUACUCCUUUCUGGAUAACGAAUAUCAAGCCUUCCCAAGCGGUAGCUAUUAUGGCUAUGCCAACCCACCCUCCCAUAUACCCGCAGUUAUGUGGAAGAAUGGUGGCUUCGACCAUGGUAAUAGUGGCUUUCAUGGUUUCCGUGGUUCUCAAGGUAUUACCAUCUUGUCGCAACAGUUAACCCGUCAAUAUAACUUACGUGUUUUUAGGUGUCCCAUAUACACUCGCGGAUGAGGCCCAAAAUACGGGCCGCCACAUGGGUGAUUGGGGGAGCACCCCUGCGCUUCGCCAUUCGGCUGUCAAGUUCGUUCCAUCCUCUACAGGCAAUUUGAUCCUUGCAGACUUGUUGAACCCAUUAAAUCGCGGGGUCCGGCCGGAAAUACGGCAAGAAGACGCUCUCGACGGCGGUGCAGAAAAGAUUGUUUCUCCAGAUACUGAGCCAUCCGACACGCAUGCGGACAUGGAUAAGUCUCAAGAAGAUUUGUCUCAAAUAGUUAGAAUGUCUGGAUUGGGUCUCAACAAUACAGGGAUACGUACUCAUACCGAACAAGACUCGGCUACUGGAACGACCUUAGGGACCCCUGGAUUUGUGAUCGAUCUUGUCAGGGACCCUAGCCUAUCGCCCAAACAAGAAUCUCCCCGCCGUGCAGCAUCGCCUACUCUAUCUACCUCCAGUGAGGAGAUUGUUUUUAUUCCGCGCAGAAAUCGUGAUGGUGGUACUGCAAAGGCAUCUACUAGAGUAACUUCUGGCCCUACGAGGGGACAACAGUUGAAGGAGCAGGAGACACACAUUAAGGCCUCAGAGACCACGCAACUAGCGUCAACGGGCGAGCCAACUGUCCAGGCAGACCCAACGGCCGGGCUUCAGCUUGGGGUGAAGGCGAGUAUUGUUAUUGUGGAUUCCGUUCACAGGUCUGCCCCGUGUCUUGAAGAAGUGUCGAAUGAGAUAGAAGGGCCCGUGGAAGCAUUGUGCGUAGUAGAAGAUAAGUGGACCGGGAGGUCAAUAUCUGGUAAUAGAAAGCGGAAAGGUGCGGGUCGGGGGAAGAAGGACAAUGACGAUGAAGCUCUUAGAGACUACCAAGAAAAUAUUUUAGCGCAAUUGCUCGCUGAGACGGCCGAAGAAGCGGGCGAGGGUUCUAAUGCUAUGCGUAUUAGAAAUCUCGCUGAUGAAAAUAAUUGGCUUGACGCAACAGACUUAGAUGACGAGACGGAAGACGAGGCUGCCAUUGACGAAUACAAGAGAGAGCUAUGGGAACCGGAAUAUCUCCAAGACUUAGAUCUUCUCGACACAGCGAGCGAAGGGCCUCACGGUAUUAUCAAAGCAGUCCUCGGGAAGAGGCAGCGGCCAAGUGGUUUACAGUACAUGGUUACAUGGCAGGACGAUGAAACAGAAACCCCAAGGUGGGUAUUAGCGGAAAAACUAGACUCGAGUUUAGAUCACAAGGUUAAGGAAUUUCUUGUCCUUGAAGAAAGAAAGCUUGCAGAAGGAUUUCCAUCCUCUGAUGACAGUGACGACGAAGAGGGUGAUGAGGAUCUUAAGCUUGCUAGAUUGCUUCAGAGAAAAGAGGAGCUAGGCAUUGUGGGUGGCUCUGAUCUUGAUAGGUUUGAUGCCGAAAUAAUGGAGCUCGAUGCCGACUUCUUUCCCUUGGGGGCCAGUAAGACAGGGAAGAGGAGAAAUCCACGGAGGCGCAGAGGGGGUAAUGAUGUUGACCCAGAAGAUUUUAUGCCCGACCCUAACACUGGCCAUUUUCCCUCGGCCUCAUGGAUGGCAGACGCUUAUGAGGGCUUCGACGUUAUGGAAUGGGACAGGCCUAGCCUUGCAAAACGCAAAGGCAAAGGAAAGCAGCACACUCUCAAUUUGUCUGAUUCCGAGCAAGAGGAGGAGCUGCAGGCAAGUUGGGCAAAAGACCGUGAGAAGAAGAAGAUACGCAAGCAAGAACGAGAGGCACGCAGGGCAGAGGGGAUGCUUGGCAGGAAGGCACGGAAGGCCGGCAAACAUGGUUCAAAUAUUAAAUUCCCAGAAGGGAUCACGAUGGAGGAAUUGAAGUACAAAAUUCAAACCUUCUUGGAGAAUGAUGUUCAAUGGUACGUGUUACCCCCAACUUAUCCUUUAAUUCCACAUUAACACUCAUAUAGCCUAACCCUUCCACCUAUGAACAAGAAGAGCCGCAAGACUGUCCACCAUAUUGCUAUGGCAUUCAACCUAAAAUCAAAGUCGUUUGGUUCGGGCAAGACCCGUUUCCCAACAUUGAUCAAAACCUCCGAUUCAGCCAUCUACGAGGAGGAUAGUGCCAGGGUUGCUCAAAUUAUGGGAACUGAAAGGUUUAUUGGCCCUCCUGACAUUGGUGGUGGACGGAAAGGGGGAGGAGGGAAGAGGGGCGGUGGGCGUGGUGGUGGUGGUGGUCCUGGACGUGUUCGUAGCGGAGGGGGUGGAGUGGAGGGCGCUGCUCGCCCCAGAGAGGGCGACAUUGUCGGUGCAGGGGCUGCAGAACUCGGCGAAGAUAACCGUGGCCGAAUCAUGCUCGAGAAGAUGGGAUACAAGCCGGGUAUGGCUCUGGGUGCUACAAAUAAUAAGGGAAUCAUUGUACCGGUCGCCGCUGUUAUUAAGGUGGGAAAGGCUGGCCUUGGCUAA